AUGCCGCCGAAGAAGCAAAGCCAAAGCGACGAGAAGCCAAACGGCUCGGUCCAACCUCAAGCUCACCAAUACCAGGCUGGCGAUUCCACCCAUCGAGACAUUGACCAGUGGAAGCACCGAGAGCCGUACAAAGUACACGGCGAGAAUGAUGACUUCGAAGUGAAGUGGAAUGGUUCAUGUCACUGUGGAAAAGUCACAUAUCAAUUGAGCAGAGACAAGCCGCUUGCGUCCAAGUACUGCCAUUGCACGACUUGUCAGCGACUUCACGCCUCUGCCUUCCAAUGGGCUGCCAUUUUCCACAAGUCUGACAUCAACUUCACCAACGGCCACCACGAUCUCGGCUGGUACGAUCCCACGAACAAGGAUGUUUCGCACCAUCUACCCUGCAAAGUCUCAUGCGCCUAUUGCCGCACGCCCAUCAUGGACGAGGGGCGUAAUAUGAUACUACUGUUCCCCAGCCUCAUCGAGGGCAUCAACACGAAGAAGGCCCGUGAAGCCUUCCGUGCGACCUGCCACAUGUUCUACCCCCAGCGAAUAGUAGACUUCCCACAUGACGACAGGGUAAAGUGGGCUGGGUUGGACAAUUCAAGCGAUAUCCUGGGAGAAGACGGCGAAGUGCUCGUGAAGUAUGAGGAGGGCAUGAGUCCGGACGACAUGGACGCUAAGAAAAGGAAGGCACUCGAAAUUGAGCAUAAGGAGAACGGCGAUAGGGUCAAGAGAGCCAAAGAUUCUAAGGCAUGA